CUCCGCCGGGCGGCCCGAAUCUCGCCGGAUGAAGAUCUGGUCUACAAGGGGUGGAGGAUUCCCAAAAAGACUCCGGUAGGGAUGACGAUCUACUGGAUGCUCAUGGAUCCGGCUGUGUUCCCAUCGCCGAGAACGUUUAACCCUGAACGCUGGCUGGAAUGCUCCGAUGAACACCUUGCGGAGAUGCACUGCCACUUCGUUGCAUUCACCAAGGGAUCCAGGAGCUGUAUUGGUAACCACUUAACGUACAUGGUCAUGUAUCACACGAUCGCCUGGUUGUUCCGGCCCGGGGCACCGCGGAUCCAGUUGUACGAGACAGAUGAGAGCCACGUCCUGUCGAGUUACGGAUUAUUUUUUAGUUUGCCCAGGGUUGAUAUACCGGGGGUGAGGGCAUACUUGACAAACAAGUAUGAGGGGUAA